CAUCUGCAGCGAACAGGAAAAUCUGUUCAGCAUUUUAUAGACCCAAUGCCAGGUCCCACUCAAGCACUGUCCCCAAAUGGAGAGAAUAAUAACGACAUCAUUCAGGACAAUGGAACCAACAUCAUUCCUUACAGAAAAAAUACAGUGCGAGGAGAGCGCGCCUACAGCUGGGGCAUGGCGGUCAACGUGUAUUCUACCUCAAUCACCCAGGAGACUAUGAGCAGACAUGACAUCACUGCCUGGGUGAAUGAUCUCCUCUGCCUAAACUACACAAAAGUGGAGCAGCUCUCAUCAGGCGCCGCUUACUGUCAGUUCAUGGAUAUGUUAUUCCCAGGCUGUAUUAGUCUUAAGAAGGUGAAGUUCCAGGCCAAGCUGGAACAUGAAUAUAUUCACAACUUUAAGCUUCUUCAAGCCUCCUUCAAGAGGAUGAAUGUGGACAAGAUUAUUCCAGUGGAGAAACUUGUCAAGGGACGAUUUCAAGACAACCUGGACUUCAUUCAGUGGUUCAAAAAGUUUUUCGAUGCCAACUAUGAUGGUAAGGAGUAUGACCCUGUGCAGGCGCGACAGGGUCAAGAUGCUCUUCCUCCCCCAGAUCCUGGAGAGCAGAUCUUCAACCUGCCAAAGAAGUCUCCUCAUGCAGCCAGCUCGCCCACAGCCGGAGCUACUAGAUCAGCAAGUUCAACUCCUAAAUCGUCAACAUCAACCUCUCGACCCUCUUCAGCAAAAAAGAUCCCUGUGACAUCAUCGACCCCCGCCAAGGGAGAGAAGGAGCUGGAGGCUCAAGUAGCACAGCUUAACGAACAGCUGAACACGUUAAAGCUGGCCCUGGAGGGGGUGGAAAAGGAGCGGGACUUCUAUUUUGGAAAGCUUAGGGAGGUGGAGGUGCUGUGCCAGGAGCAGGGCCAGGAUAACGGGCCCUUUGUGGAGAGACUUAUGGAAGUGCUGUAUUCCACAGAUGACCAGGAGGCUGCCGGAGAAGGGGAGCAUGAGGCGCUGGCACAGGAAGGGGACGUCCCUGAAGACACACAGGAUGAAUAUUGAACACUCUCUCUCUCUCUUUCUCUCUCUCUCUCUCUCUCUCUCACACACACACACACACACACACACACACACACACACACCCACCCCAUGCCACCAGUUGUGAGUAUUUCCCUUAGUUACAUUUUACCCUCCAUUAUUUUUUCUCACAUAUUAUUUUCUUUUUGAAGAGAAAUUGCCACUUAUUUGUCUGGGUGUGUGCUUGUGCGUGUGUCUGUAUGUGUGUGCACACACAUAUGUGUGUGCGUAUAUGUUGUGAAAGUUGACUGCAAAGCUGAAUCUUGUUGAAAAAACAAUGUGACCCACCGUGUUUUGUUUUUUUUUCCUCCCUGCGAUCUUGAGAUGAACUGAGUUUUCUUUAAUCUCCACAGUGCAGUUGCGUAGUGAUGUUACAGUUAUGAAGGAACGAUGGCUUUGUUGUUUUUCUGUGGAUUAUUGGCUUCUUUCUUGCCCAUACUGUGCUCAUUAACUUUAAGUUUGGCAUAUCAAGUCAAAUAGUCAGGACACAAUUCUGCAAUAAGUAAAGUCCUAUGUAAAAGAGCGUAAUGAACAUCUAAUUACUUCAAUAUUCUGCUUCUAUACUGGACACAGACUGUAUUUGAUGAAUAUUCAGUAAUGCUUUGAAGUGGACCAGAUCCUGGUUCUGCACAUGGCAAUGGCAUCUAUGAACUAAGUGGGGCUAAAUUGUCAAAAUAGUCCCAUUGCUCUCACUUAUCUGUUUACCACAUAUAGAAAUCUAUGACUUUUGGGUAGUUUGUUGUCUCCAUUUCAUAGCUGUAGUUGUCAGUUAUUGCUGUUAGACAGAAUGCCAAUUUCACCCAUGUAGUUAGGUUAUCCCACAUUAUUUUAUGUUUUGAAGCCUGCCACAUUCUGAAGAAAACCAUGUAUAUCGAAGAUAUUUUUAAUAUAAUUUUAAAGUACAGGUCUUAGCAGAACUAAUGGUCUUUCCACUGAACUAUUGGACAGAAUCCAGUAUUCCAGUGCAUUGUAUACUGUUUUAUGAUGUUGCAUUUAGUUCCAUUAUUGAACUCCACAGAUCAAGUCAUUUACUAUUGUGUAAAAUGAAAAGGAAUGUAAACAUAUGUACUGUUAAUAAUUAUAAAUAAGAAUUGUUCUCUUUUUCUCUUGGUAUCCCUCAUUAUGCAUUCCCCAAACUGUGCUGCAUGUUUUCAUUUUAUUUGUGAAUAAUUUGACCUGCUUUUUACAUAUUUAAUAAAAAUGUUACAUGUUUUUGUAUGUUUAACCUGCUAUUUUAAAUCUCUGGAGAGAUGAACUUACCGUAAUAAAAUCUGUCACUUCCAAAA